AGCAUACAACAUAACCUCAACUAAGGAAACUUCAAUUCAAAUGUUUAUUUACCGAUAACUUCAAAGUUGUCCCCACGUGUUUUUCAUAUAGUUUUGUACAUUUUUCAAUUGUUAGUUAAGUGAGAUUAUUAUUUUUAUCAAGAUGAGUGUAGAAGAGUGUUUCCCAAGAGGAGGUGCCAGUCAAUUCGUGAAGAAGACAAGACCCACAGAACCGAUCAUCAAAAACCUUUUCGGAAGGAAAGAGAAGGAAACCACUGCAAAGCAGCAAUGGAAAAAGGGGACAGAGGAAGAAGAAUGGUUCAAGUCAUAUAUAAACACCCAAGCCAAAUCGGAUACAGCUGAUUUGUUAACUUAUGAUACAAUCAAAGAAGGUAUGCUUCUGUUGGGUUGUAUCUCAAAAAUCCAAGAAUUCUAUGCAACAGUGGAGUUACCAGGACAAAUUCAUGGCUCUUUGGAGAUUAAAUCUGUUUCAAGUAGACUGAAUGCUGAAUUGAGCAGACAAAUUGAAGAGGAAUCUGAUUCUUCGAAAAUUUAUAAAUUGAAUCAAAUUCUUAAAAUUGGAAGUUAUAUUCCGGUAAGAAUCAACACAAUUGACAAAACAAAUAAGCUGAAGACUAAAGUUCAGUUGAGCUGUGACCCUGCCGAUGUUAACUGGGCUUUUUCACAUAAAGAUGUCUCAAAGUAUAUGCUAUUAUGGGGUAGCAUAGCUGAGAAGAAUGAUUACAAUUAUGUCAUUGACUUGGGUAUUAAAAACUGUAGGGUUACUUUACCUUUUACGAAUCUUGCUGAUGAAGAAGCGAAAUAUGUUAUCGGUGAGCCUUUGUACGUGAUUUCUGAAAAGUGCGAUAUCCAACCGGAAGCUUCUAUUAUUGUGGUCACGACGAAAAUUGAUGAAACAAAGAAGAAUACUGGUCCAAAGAUAACUUUGGCUCAUCUCAUACCAUCCAUGAAAGUUAACUUUGCUAUUGAAAAGGUUUUGGCUGAUGGUUUGAUGGGGAAAAUGUUCGAUGAUAACAUUGCUUACAUCAACCAAAUUUAUUUGGAUAAGAAACUGAAUUCGUACAAAAUCGGGCAGAUUGUUACUGCUAGCGUGCUCUACACGCAACCUAUGAAUAAGUUCACUUAUUUCACAUUGAGAACGCUCAAACCUACGCAAAAGUUGAUCAAAGGUGAUCAUGUUAGAGGUAUCGUUUCUGGAGCUUCAGCGCACGGCUUAUUGAUCAAGAUCAAUAACAUUCAAUUCGGUUUGGUGAGACCAAUUCCGGGCAAGAAUUCGGUGGUCAGAGAAUACAUGACGGAAAAUUAUCCUCUUGGCAGUGAUCACGAAUGCAUCGUUUUGAGUUACCACUCAAUAGAUAACGUGUACGAAUGCGCCUUCAGCAAGGAAAUCUCCAACUAUCCAGAGUUGAACUACAAGUUAGGGCAAACUGUUAAAGCGAGGGUCACCGGUUUCGUACCAUCGGGAAUGUACGUAAAGAUCGACUCUAAAGUAGUUGGUUUCAUCAAGAACAUGCACUUGGUUAGCGAAAGAUACACAGAGGCGGUUAACGGUAAAUUCAAUAUCGGGCAAACCAUAGAAGCAAAAAUUUUAAAAUUCACUGAGAACAUGGUUGAUUUAACGAUGAAACCCGAAAUGUUGAGUUGCAACUCAGUUUUUGGCGAUAUUAAUGAUCCGAUGGACAAACAAUACGUAGGCGUCGUUGUGAGUAUUUAUCCGACUGGAGUUUUGGUUGUCUUCUACGGAAACGCUAAAGGUUUUCUACCGAUAAGAAAUGGCAAGAACGGAGACGAUAUGUACAUUGGCAAAGCGGUGAAAUGCUUUAUCAAGGAUAAGAAAAACUCGAACGUAACGCUGAUGAUGGUGCACAGUUUCAAUUUGUUUGUCGGUGAUAAAGUACCGAACGCCGAAAUUGUAGAGAUCAACAAUUUCGGAUUGAAACUAUCCAGUUUUAAGUACAGGGAUUUAAUUAAUUUACCUAUAGGACAUGUGGCUUCAAGGGAUAUUGGACAAUUAGUAUUCAACACCUUCAAAGUUGGAGAUGUAGUCGAAGAUUUACUCGUGCUGCACAAACAACCGGAAAUAAUCUCGAGGCGCGAAUUCAACAGCAUGGCCUUGAACCAUUCGCAAUUUCCUUCGAUUAAGAAGAAAGGGGACACUCUGGUUCGAGGUUCCAUCACCGUUAAGAAUUCGACGCACGUCACCGUGACUUUCCCGUACAAAGAAAAACCCGAAGGAGUUAACGUCGAAAUGCCGAUUGAUGAGGUUAGCAAAACUUUGAACGACGUGGAAGAGGCGAACGAUGAUAGUAUUGUGGCGAAGACGAACAAUCACAGUAGCUUCAAUUUCCAAUUGGAGUAUGGCGUUGAUUAUACGACGAUCGACUGCAUCAACUAUUUAGAAUUGUACUUAAACGAUUUGGAGUAUUUGAGGAAACGCUUGGAGAUUACGCAGAUCGACGUAGCGAGUAUAAAGAUCGGAGAUCGAAUUGAAUGCAACGUUGAUAGUGUCGAUAAAGAGUCCAAUACUAUACUGAAAGUUAACGCUGAUGGAUAUCAAGGAAUGGUGCAUCACAGUGAAUUGAAAAAGAGUCCAAAGGCUGGAAAGAAAAUUAACUGUACUGUAAUAGCCAUUGAUUACGGAAAGAAGAUUGUCCAUCUUACCUUGAAGAAUUCAUUGAAUUUUGACGAAAUCGAAUCCAAGAAUUGUUUGAAGAAUACUAAGGUGAAAAUGGACGUGGUCCAUGCAAACUCUGAAUACUGCGUUGGAAUUAUAUCUGAUGGUGUUGCCAAGGGGAAACACGUUUAUCUUCCUGUUAAGCUUCACGAUAACGAUUUUGAACCGAAAGUUGAUCAUUACAAGCAACUCGUUGGACAAAGUAUUGACGUUAUUAUAUAUAGGAUAAGUGGAAAAAAUAUUAUGGGCUUUGAAUUGAGUCAAAUCAAACCAGAGUUGAAAGCAUCCGCUAUUAAAGAAGCACCGAAAACGUUGAAUAAUAACAAGAAAUCUGCUGAAGUUGAAGAGAAUGUCAACACUGCACAAAAAACAUCUGAUGUUGAAAAUGGACAAACUAAUGAAGAAAAAUCGAAACAAAAGAAGGGAAGGAAGAGGAAAUCUUCUGGUGGACAGAAAUCAGAACCUACUGCGGUGGUGACCAAUGGAGAUCAACCGAAGCAGAAUGGAAAGAAGAGGAAGUUGUCGGUUGCUUCUCAAGGAGAUACUUCAGUGGCUUCGAUUGAUUCGAAAGAUGUGAAGAGCGUUGAAAAGAAACCAAACAAGAAGAAGAAUAAUAAGAAAAGGAAAUCUUUGGAAAAUUCCGUAAAUAAUGAAAGUUCUCCUGCGAAACCAGAGGAAAGUAAGGUUGAGCUGAAUGGUGAGGAUAAGACGAAGAAGAAGAGGAAGAACAGGAAGAGGAGGUCAUCCGUAGCUGCAGAUGAGAAAAACACGUCGAUUGUGGAAAACGGCGAAGCGAAGGUUGCACAGACUAAUGAGGAGCAACCAAAGCAGGAGAAUAAGAAAAGUAAAUCUUUGGAAAAUAAUGAAAGUUCUCCUGCGAAACCAGAGGAAAGUAAGGUUGAGCUGAAUGGUGAGGAUAAGACGAAAAGAAGAGGAAGAACAGGAAGAGGAGCGAAGGUUGCACAGACUAAUGAGGAGCAACCAAAGCAGGAGAAUAAGAAAAGUAAAUCUUUGGAAAAUAAUGAAAGUUCUCCUGCGAAACCAGAGGAAAGUAAGGUUGAGCUGAAUGGUGAGGAUAAGACGAAGAAGAAGAGGAAGAACAGGAAAAGAAGGUCAUCCGUAGCUGCAGAUGAGAAAAACACGUCGACUGUGGAAAACGGCGAAGCGAAGGUUGCGCAGACUAACGAGGAGAAGAACAAGAAAAGGAAGUCAACUGAAGCUGUUCAGGCUAGUCCUGUUCAAGAAAAGAAACAGAAAUUGAAUAAGAAAACUAAGAGUCCGAAGAAAAAUAAAAAACCUAUUGUUAACUAA